UAACAUCAGAUUCUAUUUCUUCUUCGACUAUUAAAAGUGAAAUGUUAAAUGGACCUAUACAGAAUUUGGCAAAACUUUUAAAUCCGUCGAAUGCUUUGCCGAAUGAUAUCAAUGCACUUUUUAGUGUAUUACAAGUGCUCUCGCCUAAUGGUGUUUUUGUUCUACCAGAAACACCACAAGUUUUACAAAAAUCAUCAAAUUUUCCAGUUGAAGAUAUAAAAGCCGAACCACUGGACCUCUCUGUUCACGAGAAGAUUCCUUACAUUAGCAAUGAUAAUAAACUGGUAAUAGAUCGAGCGGCGAUCGGCGAUCGUCAAAGCGAACGGAAUUUCAACUACUCUCUCGGAAUAUCAUCUACCCAAACUACGCAAAUUAGCACAGCUCAAAGCAGUAGCUCCGAAAGAGAGAUCAACAAAAGAACGUACAAAAAUUACAGUCCAGAGCAACUAUUGCUGGCUAUAAAAACCGUAGCCGAACAGAAAAUGUCACCCACGGCGGCGGCGGAAGCGAAUGGCAUACCCUCCAGGACUCUUUACGAUAAAUUGACGAAAUACGGCAUACCGACUCCUAAAAAAAGGAAAUCCGAUAAAGUUACAAAACCGAUAUCUUCGCGAGGGAAGAACCCAUGAAUCGAAAGUUUGAAACACGAUAGAGCGUCUGAUUCGUGUGAAUAAGCAUCAAGUUACAUUUUGUAUAUUUUAAUAAUAUAAAUAUAUAUGAUAUAUCUAUAUUAUCGGAUAGGUUUUGUAAAUAUUUAUGACAAUCUUGUUAAAAUCGGAUUACGAAAAGUUUAAUGGCACUUCUUAAGUAUUAUUGUUUAAUUUAAUCCUGACUCUUCCGAAUUGACAUUGAUGUAUUGUGUCUAUAGACUAAUGAAAAGAAUUAUUGAUAAAUAACUGUUAAGUUUACGAUACUCUGUUCUAAGUUCGCUUUUACUUUUUAAGUAAUUGAUUUACAAAGUUACCAUUUUUUUUUCAUUUCUCAAGUAUUAGAAAAAAUCCUACUUUUUAUUACGAGCUUCAUAAUCGAGUAAAGUAGAAUAAUUGAAUAUUUUUGAUAUUAAUUUAAUAAAAAAUGUAUGUAAUAGCAAAGAGUUAAUUCUGUAGCACCAUAAGAAUCGUAUUCAUUUUGAGCAUUCGAGCGAAA